AUGCAAAAGCUAGCAAUCUAUGUUUAUAUUUACCUGUUCAUGCUGAUUUCAGUUGAUCCGGUGGCUCUUGAUGACGGUAGUCAGCCCACAGAGAAUGCUGAAAAAGAUGGACUGUGCAAUGCUUGUACAUGGAGACAGAAUACAAAAUCUUCCAGAAUAGAAGCCAUAAAAAUUCAAAUCCUCAGCAAACUGCGCCUGGAACAAGCUCCUAACAUUAGCAGGGAUGUUAUUAAACAACUUUUACCCAAAGCUCCUCCACUACAGGAACUGAUUGAUCAAUAUGACGUCCAGAGAGACGACAGUAGCGAUGGCUCUUUGGAAGACGAUGACUAUCAUGCCACAACUGAAACGAUUAUCACAAUGCCUACAGAGUCUGAUUUUCUUGUACAAAUGGAGGGAAAACCAAAAUGUUGCUUCUUUAAGUUUAGCUCUAAAAUACAAUAUAACAAAGUAGUAAAGGCACAAUUGUGGAUAUACUUGAGGCAAGUCCAAAAACCUACAACAGUGUUUGUGCAGAUCCUGAGACUUAUUAAGCCCAUGAAAGACGGUACAAGAUAUACUGGAAUUCGAUCUUUGAAACUUGACAUGAACCCAGGCACUGGUAUUUGGCAGAGUAUUGAUGUGAAGACAGUGUUGCAAAAUUGGCUCAAACAGCCUGAAUCCAAUUUAGGCAUCGAAAUAAAAGCUUUUGAUGAGAAUGGACGAGAUCUUGCUGUAACUUUCCCAGGACCAGGUGAAGAUGGAUUGAAUCCAUUUUUAGAGGUCAGAGUUACAGACACACCGAAACGAUCCCGUAGAGAUUUUGGCCUCGACUGCGAUGAGCACUCGACAGAAUCCCGAUGUUGUCGCUACCCACUGACCGUGGAUUUUGAAGCUUUCGGAUGGGACUGGAUUAUCGCACCUAAAAGAUACAAAGCCAAUUACUGCUCUGGAGAAUGUGAAUUUGUAUUUCUACAGAAAUAUCCGCACACUCAUCUCGUACACCAAGCAAAUCCUAGAGGCUCGGCAGGCCCCUGCUGCACGCCCACCAAGAUGUCCCCCAUAAAUAUGUUGUAUUUCAAUGGAAAAGAACAAAUAAUAUAUGGAAAGAUACCAGCCAUGGUUGUAGAUCGUUGUGGUUGCUCAUGA